AUGGCCAAGUUCAACGCUUUCGAUGACCACUGUGAUGCUUCAGCUGUACUGACAUUGCUUGGGAGUGUUCCUGUGUUCUCAAGCUCUGUAAAGGUUGCUGCUGUUGAUGUAAGAGUUGCUGUAAGAAAUGACUGGGCGCACUGCGUGUUCAGUAAAUGGGACCUCGCCAAGUUUCAGCAGGUCUUUGCUGAAAUGGAGGAUCUUGUAAGAACCUUGGGUCUACCAGCAGCAGAUGAGGCAAACCUUCUGGGAGAAUUAAAAGAUUGGGAAACGAAAGGUAAGGGAACAGCCACAUGAAUUUUUACGAGAAAGCCAGCAUCUUAAACUAAAACAGCAUGACAGAGAGCCUUAGUAGUCGCUAAUUUCUCUCUCUAUUAGGGACCGGUCAAUGAGGUGGUCAGCAAAUUUUAUGCAUGGAUGAAAGGGGGGAUGUAAAAAUUUACGAAGGUAUAAUGACAAUUUUUCUCAAGACAUUAAUCAAGUAUCAUCAGAUUAACAACCAAUAAAAUUUGUACAGAAAAAAAUGUUUAUUAAUUCUUUUUAGUAACAAUUUGAAACUCAGAAUUGGUCAACAUCCCCUCAACUUCCAUCCGCCUCAUCAUACUGUCUGAUCACUUUCAUCUUACUCGUCAUUUUAGCGUUUUCGUCCGGCUCAUCAUUUUCUUUGUCUUCACUAUUACUGAGUACAGUAUUUCCUGCCCCCUUCAUCACUGCUUCCUACAAAGCUCUUUGAUGUGGGAAACGGAUUCGUUGGAUAGCAUGCUUAAUGUUAGUUUUAAGCAUGUCUGUGAUCUCUUUCAACUAUAUAUUCAGCAAUGUCUCUCACUUUCUCCUCCACCUAAAAAACGGUUUUCCUAUAAUAUCUUCAUCCAGUUUUCUUGGUUACUUAUGUCCUGGUUAAACCUUUCCAGACUUGGUAAAGUGAGAAAACGGAUGCUUUUGUGCUUCUAUGUCUAUCUUCUUCUAGAUACUUGACUUUAUGCCUUUUAUCACUUUUGUAUUGUUGCUCAAGACUGAGGCUGUAAAGAUUUGUAUUCUUAACAGAAUUAUUUCCCUGCAGCAGCGGGAUUACGAGGGUUCACAACACUUGCUUUCGUUUUCUUAUUUUAAUAGUCUUGUGACAAAAGAUUUUGAAUCAUACUCACGUCUUCUCGUCAUAAAAACCACGACCAUUUCGACAGUGGGAAUACCUGGACUUGUAAAAUAAUGGCCAAGGCUUGUAGUGUGGUUGCAUUUGCGAUCCAGCCGAACCUUUAUUCUUCCCGUGGACGUUCAUUAACGUCAUUUAUUAGAUCGUGAAUUGAUAUGUGAUUACAUAUAGGUGGUUACUGGCGUUUGUGGUUUAAAUGUGUCAAAUGUCUUUUGUCAACAGCAAGUGGAAAGCACGCACACUUACAAGGGCGAAAGUAGCACCAGAGUUAUUUGAAAAUGGCCUUUUUUAUACUAAGGCGGACGCACUAUCCGUCUUACGAACUUGGGCAAACAUUUUUUAGUUCGUUUGGUUAUGCGUCUACUAUAAAGACGGGCGGAAGACGCAUUGUGCUUCCAGACGAACUACCUUUCGUAGUGCGUCCUUCAAGACGAAUUUCGAAGGAAAGUUCGUCCAGACGCAUAAUUUGGCAUAAUGCGUCUUGUACCCUUACUAUACUUGAGACGCAUAACCCAGACGAACUACAAAUGUUUCCCCAGGUUCGUCCAGACGGAUAAUGUGUCCUUAGUACAAAAACGGUCAAACCUGAAGAGGGGCUUACCUACAAGCAAUGUUGUGCAAAGUCUGCGCGGUUACCUUGCAUACAUUAGCAAUAACACUUGCGAAUGUUACUCAUUUUGAUAAGUUUAUGGCGGUGUGCUUGUAUCCGGUGUGUAAAUGUUACCAGGUAGAGAAAGUACUAAGUAUAAUUGUUACGUUGAUAAGACACAUGGGGGGACGCUGAGUAAAGAACCUCCAGCUUUUCAUGUCAUAUGACUUCCUUUAUUCUUGCAGCGCUAUCAUCUGAGCGGGUGGGUUUGGUGUAUGCCUUAGUAUUCACGAGUUCAAAUCCUGGACUACGUAUGUAAAUCGCCAGCUGGUUUGCCUCAGGCCAGUUGGGAUUCUUAACCCUGCUAAAUUUCAUUUGAAUUAAUUAUUUGUUUCAGACAUUAUCUCGGCCCACUAGCACACUGCCGCGGGUAAACAAAGGCCAUUAUAUAUUUUUAUUAUUAUAUUAACUUAAAGUAUUAUUUUUGUUCCCUUGGAUAUAAAACUUGAAUUUGCAGUCCAUGACGAGUGGGAUCAUGGAAUGAUGAAAAAAUUUUCAAAUAGUCUAACAUUAAUUUUUCCGAACGUCUUGAUUGACUCACCCUUUAAAUUAAUCUGCAUAUCGCCAACAACAUAGUACUGAGACCGGCAGCCCCGUUGAAGGUAGCAAAUGGCAUACUACUGAAAAUGAAUUCACAGCAUGCUACCAUCUCAAGAUCUUAGCGCUGCCUUCGACACUGUAGAUCAUGAGAUCUUGAUAAGGUGCAGUGCUUGUAUACUAAAUUUGGCGUACGCGGAAAGAUCGUCAGCGGGGUGAAGUCCUACCUUACCGAUCGGAGCCAACGCGUAUCACUGAAUAGUGCUACCUCCGGAAAGUUUAGCUUGAGUUUCCUGUAUGGGGCCCUUACUCUUUGUCGUCUAAAGCUUCCAAGUUGUUCGAUAUUAUUGAGUCACAUUUACCAUUUAAGUUCCGUGUUUUGCUGAUGACUCACAGUUAUAUUUACCAUUUAAACCUGAGCUGCAUGCCAAAACACAAUACGAAGCCGUUGCAGCUGUAGAGAAUUUUGUACAUGAUCUUAGAACAUGGAUGCUUCAAGACAGGUUGAUGAUAAAUGAUGACAAGAUCGACUGAGUUUAUAAUCAUUGGUUCCAAGCAACGGCUUUCCAAGCUCAACGAGUGUUCAAUACGGAUCGGCAGCAAUGAUGUUCAAUUCCCUGUUAAAACAGUGAGAAACCUAGUAGGCUCCUAGUUUGACUCGAACUUGUCAAUGUCAACGCAUAUUAACAAGUUGUGCAGUACCGCCUUCUUUUAUCUUCAUAAUAUCCAAGGUAUCAGGAAGUAUUUUGACCAGAAAAGUGUCCUAACGUUAUUGCUUGCUUUUAUUACAAGCCGACUGGAUUAUUGUAACAGUCUACUGUACGGACUUCCAAACAAUGAGAUCUCCAAGUUGCAAAGAGUCAACAACGCUGCAGCUACAACUGUUACCUUUUCAUCUAAGUUCAGCCAUGUUACCCCCGUACUUUGUGAACUUCACUGGCUGCCAGUGAGAUUUCGUAUUUCUUUUAAGAUGCUUUUAAUCGUUUUUAAAUCUUUGCUUGGUCAGACACCCCAGUAUAUCAGUAAUUUAAUUUCAGUAAGGAAUCGAUCUGCCUAUCAGAUGUGAUCAAAUGAUGGAUUACUACUAGAUUUCCCUCGUGGGAAGAUGUUGACAUCUUUCGGAGACAGAUCUUAUCCUGUUGCUGCUCCCACAUUGUGGAAUGCCUUGCCCACCUCGUUAAGGAAAUAAAAAACAGAUCAACUGUUUAAAUCCUUACUCAAAACAUAUCUUUUUAAACUACCUUUUAAUUCUUAGUAUUUUUAAUUUUAUUUUCUUUAGGAAUUUUAUUAGAUUUUUUAGAAUUCAUGUUGUAAUGCGCCUUUGAUUAUUGCAUGUUAAAAGGCGAAAUAUAAGUGAUUAAUUAUUAUUAUUGACUUAACUUUUUUAAAAAGGGAUUUCCCCCUCUCAUCAAUUUUGGCUUUCAUUGUUUUAAAGGAACUUCCCUGUGUAUGAACUCACCCGUAGAUCAACAUUUGCUUCAGCUGGUUCAACAGGACGUGAAAUUACUUGAGAAUGCUGUGAAGCAUAUGUCUGUAGAAUCAGAUGAGGAAAUGACGAAAGUCCUUGAUGAGCUUCAAAAGUGUUGGACCUCUUUGGAGGACAUGAAGAACAGAGUAACACUGAUUGAAAACAGCUUUUAUGGUUUUGAAAACAGAGUUGGUUGUUUUGAAAACAGAGUUCAUGGUUUUGAAAACAGAGUUGUUGGUGUUGAACACAAGACUGCUCAUAUUGUGCAUAUUUUAUGUGCCGUAAUAAUGAUGCUCGUCGUUACAGCAACAAGAGAAACUAGUUCCACUGAAAAUAAUUUCGAGGAUGUCCAUAGUGGAGUUGGUAGGGUGGAAAGCGGAUUGAAUGGAUUUAACAGCGGUGUCGUUAAUCUGAAAGGUAGGGAUCAAAUUAACGUCUUUUUAAUACUGAAAAUGUAUCCAAGUUAAAGUUUCUGUUGGUCGAGUAAUAUGAACAUAGCAUAUACCUACGCUUUCAAUAGAUGUCUUCUCAAAUUUCGAUUCAAGUAAUAAAAAGAGAAUUUUCACCAAGUCCUCUUUUUAGGACUGGUUUCGGCCAUUUAGCAUAGGAAUGGCUAAAAAUGGGUUUCGCAAAAAUAUGGGCAUAAAGCCGCUUUUUUGUUUUUCUCGCUCUAUUUUUUCCCUUUGCCUUUCCUUUUUUUUUAUCCAGUUUUGACGCUCGCUUAACCGUCUUUCUUUCGUGUGGCACUGCGCAAAGGGGGAAAAGGGGCAAAUUUAGUCUGCAAAGAGUAGUAAGUCAUUAUAGCGAAAUAGGCAGUGAAUUUUUUACCAAAAUGAUACUUGGUUUUGUGGGUGUAACUCUUUUAGGAUUGGUCAGAAUUUCCAAAACGAGGUAUCUGUGGAAAGACCUAUCUUUGCUGACGUUUCUGUUUAUCGUUUUAAUAGCUAAAAUUGAAAACUAAAUGGGUCCAGGUGCCACCUUUCACUGGUAACUUGCAAUCUUAUUAACAUUUUGGUUUUGCUCCGCGUACUUUGGAAAUAACUAGGUAGAUAAAUAAAUUAACCAAAGGUGGCUCGACCCAGUACUUUAAUUUGUAAUUACACCUUCCAUCUUUGAAUCUCAUAUACUUAAACAAUUUAAUCUUUAUUGUAAAAACAUUAUAACACAUGUAUUACACAUAGACUUAACUUUAUUAUAUUAUUUUUUUGCGCGAUCUGAAUAAAUAUCACGUGACAAUGACGACACAACAGUUUUAGCUCGAAAUCGAAUUUAUGCCCUGUUCGGCAUUUUCUUUAGAAAUGCUUUUCGCUACGUACACUUUGGACCGGAUUGUCUUCUGUAGUGUGAAGUUUCACAAAAAUCGAUUGGAGGAAUUUCGAGAUAUCUUUGAAUUUCUACAAAAAGGGUAUAAAUUAUGCAUGAACUGAAGGCUGGACUUAAUGCAGACAAAUUUGCUACCUUUCGGAGGUUUCCGAAACGUUUCUAUCACUUAUUUGUUUUGUAGAUGACCUUAAUAUGCACUCCAUAACCGGCUGAACGCAAAUUCCCAUUCUCAGGCGAGAAUUUACCGUCUGAAAUCUUUCCGAAAUAUGGUAUUGUUGUAAAAAGGAAGAAAACAAUUACAGUAAAUAGAUUACGGAUGGCAACAAAGCAGGGUAAAUUCUCUCUUCUGCAUGAGUAUUUGAUGUUGUGAUAAACUCGAGACAAUAGGAAAUCCCAGAGCAAAAACUUAGCCAGAUCUGUGACAAUUUUGCGCCUACGUUAGACAACGACGAAUUUUGGUUAAUCGCUGUUUUCGUGAAUCGAAAUUACAAGAAGAGCUCAACAUUGCGUUUGACUAAUGAGUAAAGCAAUCUUUAAUGAGGAAUGCCAACGUCACAAAAAGUGGUUUACAGUUAGGUCCUCAAAGGAAAACUCGGUAAAGACUAAAAAGUAGUAAGACUAUGACAAAAUUAAAAAAAUUAAUAAAAUAAAAAAUAAAUAAUUAUAUACAAAUAGAUAUAUUUGAUUGAGUACAUAUAGAUGUACAUAUACAUAUUACAAAAUUGCUUUAGACAGGCCACAUUUAAAUGAAGACAGUGUCUCUGCUUCCCUCAAGGAAAUGUCUAAACGGUUCCAAAUAUUAGAACUAAAAUAAACUGACGACCAGUGACCCCAGCGUCUUAUGGCACUGGAUUUGCGAAUGUCAUUUCUUGAUCGUGCAUAACAAUCAUGGACAUCACCAUUGAAUGAAACUGGGAUCGAGCAGCAAAAAUUAUUAUUUUAAUAAGUAAUUUGUACAUAAAAAUAGCUUGAUUUUCCAUUCUACGCAGUAAUUAAGGCUUCCAGCCAAGCCUCGGAUGCAGAAGAAUGCGCAGGAAGAUCGACAAUGAGGCGGGCUGCUUGAUUUUGCAAAAGUUGUAAAUCAGACAUCAAGGAGGAAUUUCCCCUAUCACCCCAAAUGAUAUCCCCAUAGUCAAAAAGAGGUACUUGCAUGUUAAGACUAUUUAAAAAGGUAAUUCUAGCGUUGAAGGGGAGGCAAAAUUUAAUACGCCUUAAAAGACCUAACUUUUUGCUGAUCUUUCCACAAAUAUGAUCAAUGUGGUAAUUCCAGGUGAACUGGUUUUUGAUUACAAUACCCAAGUACGUAUAAGAGUCUACUUUAUCGAGAGGGACAUCAUCAGUAGAAAUAUGGAUGGACUCUAAUUUAUUUAGGCGGGAACUUCUUCCAAUAAGUAAAAAAUUAGAUUUCUUGACAUUCAGAGUGAGUUGGUUAGCCAGAGACUAUUUGCAUAUACGCCCCCAAGUCAGCAUUAAUGUUGCAUUGUAAGUCCGCGGCAGAUUUAGAGGCAAGGUAUAGAACAGUAUCAUCUGCGUAUAUAGUGACUUGGCAGAACUGCAAAACAUCUGGUAAAUCAUUCAUGUAAAUUAUCAAUAAUAAUGGGCCUAAUAUAGAGCCUUGCACAACAGCAAUCGAAACAGGCGCAAUUUCAGAGCAUACCGUCAUUGUAGUUGGUCACUUGUUUUCUAUUCGUUAAAAAUGAGGUAAACCAGGCUCUGGCAGUAUCAUCAACAGCAAGACUUGAAAGCUUCUGAGGCAAUAUUGUAUGAUUGAAAGUGUUAAACGCUUUAGCGUGUGACAUAGAUGCUCAUAUGCAUACACCUUCAUUAAGCAGUUUUAUGUCCUAUCUAGAUCAUUUGUGUCAAUUUUAAAUCAGGUGUAACUCGUGAGUGACAAGUAUGCACUUUAAUUAGGUUAGCUUUGGGCCGUAUUUAAAUUUUACCUCUUAAUUUUUAGUAUCUUUAGUAUUGGAGAAUUUUCUUUGUAUGGGAAUUUAGUUUCCCCCAAUUAUUCACCAGUCAUACCCUUUUUGUAUAUUCUGUAAUUUAUUUACAUGACAAAGUAUUAUUAAACUUAAACUUAAACUUAAGAACACAGCACCAGUCAGGCAACCAGUGUCCAAGGAGUAAAGGAUUUGAUCAGAAAGCUGAGAAGCGGCAGUAACAGUAAAUGAUUUCACUCUAAAUCCAAACUGGUUCGGUGAAAUUAAAUUAUUCUCAGUUAGGUAGCCAUACAGCUGAGUAUGAACCGCCUUCUCUAGGAGUUUGCUCAAGGUCGGCAAAAUGGAGAUUGGACUGUAAUUAGAAGUAGCCUGUUAACAGGCCUUUGGUCGAGCGGGGAACUAGAGAGAGCCUGUUCACAGGCUAAAUUAGAAGCAUCCUUUUUAUCGCCCUUUUUGAACAAGGGUAAAACCUUCGCUGUUGUUUUCCAUAUAAUAUAAAAGGAAAAGAUCUUGUUUGAAGAGAUAAAUUAAACAGAGCUGUCAAAGAAAGAGUAAUAACAUCUACAGCAUCUUUUAGGAGACGUGCUCUGAUUUUAUCAAGACAACCGCCUUAUUAGUUCUUAAUAGAUUGAUAGAUCUUCAACAAAAUCUUCACUAAUCGGUUGUAAUGAAAAGGUAGAAUGACAGUUCCUAGUUUUAGCUGUAUACGGCUCAGGAACAAACUUUUUCGCCAGGGAUUUCCCCACGUUCACAAAGAAAGUAUUAAAAGCCGAGGCAAUAGAAUGGGCUGAGGUGAGGAGGGUGCCAUCAGCUAGCAGACUUGUAAUUCUAGAGGACGUUUUAGCAGAGGGAAGAGUUUGUUGAAAGCUCUCCAAAAGUCUUUUUAGCGCCUGAUUUACUACUGUCUGUUAUUACGUUAGUGUACAGGGGCGUACCUGACUGUAAGCCAGUUAAGCACGGGCCUAAAAGAUUUUUCUGGGACUUCUUUUCUUCGAACGGCCAAAUUUAAAAUUAUUCAUAUUCCAAAAAUGUUUGCCGGAAGAGUCAUUGAUGGUAUGAAGCUCCUCACGACAGAGCCCUGCCGCACUCCUACACUGUACUUCUACAUUCAGAGUCUAGACAGGCGUCACAAAACAGUGCAGGGGGAAUAAUCAAGCAACGUAUACCACAAGCAAUAUACGUUCAUUGCCGUAAGGCGAACUCUGUGAACUUGGCCUUCGGCCACGAAUGCGAGCAGUUCCUCAUUAGAAAUAUUUUGAGUACGUUGCAGCGGAUUGCCUUCUCGUUUGACUAUUCUUCGAAACGCCUUCUGGCAUUUCAGGAAUGCUUUGCUUAUAAUGAUGGUGUCAGAGAGGAAAUUCAAAGAAGAACGAAGCUAUGCACGUUGUGCGACACUCGUUGGGCGAGCAGGGCAGAUAUCUCUGUUCACCUUUCGUACAGCAUUCAGGGUUGUCGUGCAGGUUUUGGAGAGCCUUCCUUCGGGUGGAGACUGCAAGGCAAGGAUUUACCUAUGAUCAAUAAGACAUUUUGACUUUAUAAUUUGCCUCUGUGCAACAGAGCAUGGCAGUCUGUCUCAGACAGUUGCCCUGUCAAACUGUCGGGAACCUCCGCAAGGUAGCAAAUGUGUCUACAUUAAGUCCAGCCUUCAGUACAUGCAUAAUUCAUACCCAUUUUGUAGAAAUUCAAAGUUACCUCGAAAUUCUUCUUAUAGAUUUUUGUGAAACUUUGCACGUGACUGAAGACAAACACCCAUAGUUUACGCAGCGUAAAGCAUUUCCAAAGAAAAUGCCGAUAAGGGCAGAAAUUCGAUUUAGAGCUAAAACAAUUGUGACGUCUUUGUCACGUGAUAUUUAUUCCGAUCGCGCAAAAAAUAAUAUCAUAAUAAAGUUUAGUCUAUGUGUAACACAUGUGUUAUAAUGUUUUUACAACAAAUGGGCCAACAAUUUGUUUUGGUAUAACAGAUUGGCUCGAGCCACCUUGAGUCUUGGCGGCUUACAAGGUUUGAUAAAUUAAAUAGGAUUACUAUCAACAAACAGAAAGUUCGGCUGCGCCCGACUGAAAUAAGGCGACCUACCUUUUAUCACAUUUCAACUUUUAGCUACCAGCGACAAGAGUUUUCCGCAAUAAAUGAAACUUCCAACACGGAGCUCACAAACCCACCUCUACACAGACAUCUUACCCGACCCUGUCCCCCCUCCAGAAAGGAAAAUAUGCAUCGCCCGCAUGGAACAAAAACGACCAAAGCGUCCGUCAAAGGGUUAAACGUUUUUCUUUACCCCACGCUCGUGACGUGGCGAUUGUGACAUCUUUGACCUCUGUGUUAAGCCCGGUUGAUACCUGUGAUCUUAAUGUACAUAGUACAUGUACUCAUAGUUCUCAUAUGAACCUGAGCCUUGAAAUGGGACUAUUAAAGGCUAUAUAUCUUUCUGAACUUCCUCUUAACUUUGUAGCCCCGUCAAUAGCACCAGUUCAACCGGAAAAGGAGAAAAUGCAGAAGUUGGAGGACGUGUUACGAAAAAAAAGUAAAGAAUUAUCAACGCGUACAAAUUCAGGUAAGUCUUCCUUUAGGAAUAAAUUAUUGGUGUCAAAAUGACUUUUCAGGCCAAUUGCAAAACUGGAAAACAUCACGUUACCUUUUAACUAACUAACUGUUUGUAGUUUUUCGGGGACCAAAUACCCAUAUGUUGGAACAAAUUCGCAACACGUUGUCUCCCUCAAGCUGCAAGGGAAAAAAUUUGUCAUGAACGUUAAGUUUUGCAAAACGUAGUUUCUCGUCAAAAUUAUGAGAUACCAACGAUCCUUGCAAUGAAUUUUAUCAACACAUGUCAAUAAGGAAAAACAAAAGAAUGAAUAAUAACCGUAAUAAUAAUAUCAAUAAUAAUAAGUGGCUUAAACCUUGACCUUUGAUAUCGCCUUAACCUUUGCAAUGUUCAAAUCGAGCCAAUUCUGGAGAGCAACCGGAGAGCAGUCCAAUUGUAAGUUCGUAUAUAGAGAAAUUUGACAAACUCGCCACCAUAAGUGGCGAGUUUGUCAAUUCCCGGGAACAAAACUGUCAUUAGAUCACUGUAUUAGUAAAUAGAACCACAGGACGGUUAGAGCAGUUGGAAAAGUGCCGGGCUGCUCUGUGGGAGGUCGUGAGUUCAAAUUUCCUCCUGACCACCAACCUGGGUCUCCACUCAGAUGAUUGCGUCAUUAUCCUUAUCUCCUUCGUCCUCAUACAGGGAGGGAAACUAGAUGAACUCCCAACAUUGUUCGAAAAGAGUAGGCUCUAUCUGUCUUCUGCUGUCAUUAAUCUGGGUAUAAAAAAGCUGGUGAGAUCACGGACUGCGUCCUAAAGCUACUAACAGUAAAGUGUACCUUUCCCAGGCUAACGUCAGUCUGAUCAUGUCUCACCUCUCUGAUCUAUCCGUGAUUCACUGGCUCCAAGAGCCGAAAAUAGGUACCGUUCUUUAUCAUCAUUGUCAAGAGCCCAUCAAAUGUCAUUGUAGUAAGCAGCCUCUUGUCCCCCUCCAGAGGGUGGCUGCUUGUAAGAGGUUCGACUGUAUUUACAGUAGGUAUGAAACGCAUUCCUUAAAGGGACACAGUCAGCUAUUGGACCGCGCUGACCUGGACACUACUUUUGCCAGUUUAUCAAAUGUACGCGUAGGAUACAUCUAGAAAUCCGCCUCAAUCUUUCCUAGUGUUUCAUUUGCUCCUCGAUCUUUUACAGAAAACCUCUUUUUGAGCAAACUUUACUCAUGCUAUGACAAUAUUUUAUCAUAUUUGGUUAAAAACAGUAUCCAAAGGAACAUGAACAGAAGAGGUGAGAAACGCGUAGGCCCCGGGGUGGAGAGAUCGCCUUCGUUUACAAAAAUGACAAGAUAAAAUAAAUGAAUAACAUUGGCGAGCAUCAUCAGAGACUCAAGACCCAAAUUAAGAGAGAGUCUCCCUAAAACCGGUCCACUGCGUUUCGCGUCGGAAAAUCAAUUUCCUUUAAACUUUGCCCAUGAAUAUAUAUUGGUCCAAAAGUAAUUGAAACGGCAUUAGUUUUUGGAAAUAUUUCAAAAUAAGAUUUUUCGGGACGAAAAUCACUUCAGCGCUCGGCGGCCAAUUUUUUGCAGUGGAGAAGAGUAAAAAUAGAGCAUAUUGCCGAGUUUACCACUUCAAAGUUUUUCACCUUCAAUGAUUUUUUUCACUUCCCAGGUUUAAAUUGGUCCUUAAAAGAUGUAAAGCACACAAUUUUGAACCUUCAAAAGCAACUCAUAUUUAAUAAAUAUUUUUCGAUUCACACCCACUUUGCCGUAGGUGGGAAAGGGCUCAAAAAUGCAUACUUUUAUCCUGGCACUGAGCAAAAUCCCCACUUCUUCUUAACGAAAUAUCAAUUUAGACCAAUGAAAUGAAUGUUCAAAAACAGGGAAACAUAAAAACAUAUUGUGAUUUCAGCGAUUUAUGAGCACAGCCGAUAGACGAAAUAUGCCUAUUUUCUGUUAUGACUGUUUACAAUACACGAAAGGCGACCUUAUUGCAAAGCCUCACUAACACAAUUAUUCAUUACAUGUAUCAAGUUUUUGCGACUUUUAACACAAUAAAACAGCAUAGUUAUGGAAAGAAAACCUUCAAGCCGUCGAUAUUUCGGCGCUCCAUCCAAUCAAGUAUAAAAUGUUCGAAAGGUCACAUUUUCGUUAGUUAAAUAAUUUAUGCAAUAUUCCUUUCCCUUGUAUCGGUCGAUGUGAACGCAUUGUUAUUCUGGAAAUUCAGCAAAGGGAAAAGAUUAAUUUAGUUCAUAAAAGUAACCAGGGUGGAUAGAAUAGUCCAUUAACUUAGAAACGGCAACUGCAUUGGAAGAGAGGAUCAUAGAUCCAAAUCCGUUUUCAGUUGUUUACACAUGAACUCAGACAUGAACUGAUACCAACAUGUAUGACGCUGGUCACGCAAUCUUAUUGGAGAAUAAGGAACUGGUUCGCUGCGAAAAUAUAUAUACCCGUCAUAAUAAAAUUACCUCAUUCAUACAGUACUUUUCUUUUAUUUUCACUGACAGGCUACAAAAUCAAGUAUAUCAUGCAAAUGUGUUUACAGUAAGAGAAACUCAUUCCACACUAAGUCUUCCACGGCGGGCAGUCUCCUGUCCAUUCCGAUCACUUACAAACAAUCAGUUGUCGUUAUACGUUUUUAAUUUGUUUUGUUUUGUUUUUUUUUCUUUUGACAGUUCUGGUUGCCUGGUAUUAGAUACGCGUGUACCUGAGUGCGAUCAUACUCCUCGUUUCGUCUCAGGGAGGGGUUAGGGGUGGGGUGAGCUUGUUGAAACACUGUAUCUUUGAAAUUUGAUUUCUCUGCCGGACUGGUGGUAUAUCUUACUGGACAAAAGCUCUAUUUUUUGGUUCGUUUUUGACUUAAAAACACCUUCUACACUAAUCACUGAUAAUGUUUAGCGUCACACGUCCUAAUGUACAUGUG